AGUAAUGGCCAUGACUUAAAGAAGGAUGAAGGAUGGAGUGAUGGAAGUGUGCCAGGAGAUAAUGCUGAAGGAAACGAAGACGGAAAUGGCAAUGUUGCUGGAGAUCCGGAAGGUCAAGAUGAAGGAAAUGAAGGAGAAAAAAAGGAUGUGCAGGUGGAGCAAGACAAGGAUGUUGAAAAUGCUGCAAUUAUGAAGGCUAGCAACAGUGAUGAUGUAAAUGAAGGUGAAGACAAUGUGAAUGAAGGUGAAGACCAUGUAGACAGCAAAGAAGAAUACACAGAUGUGAAGGAGCAGGAAAGCAGUGAUGCCAGUGAGAAAAGGAACAGUGAUUGGACUGGGCAGGAAAAUUGCAGCAAUAGUGGGAAUGAAGUAGACCAUAGUGGUGUUGCUGAAACUGAGGUAGAAAAUAAGGAAGUUAGAAAAGAGGAUGACAGUGAUGGAAGCAAGGAUGGUGUAAAUGUGGAGGGAAGCAAGAACGAAGAUAAAGAAGAAGUCGAAGAAGGUAACGUGGCUGCCAGAGAAAAAGAAGGCAGUGAUGGUGGCAAGGAACAAAGCAGAGGUGGCCGAAUUCAAGACAGAGGAGACACCCGAGAUGCUGGGAAUAAGGAAGGCAUCCUUUUAUUAGAUCGCAUACAGUGGCCUGUGGAGGACCUGGAGAGAGGUUGCUCAGUGAUAACUGAGCUGAUGGAGAGCUUCAGGCAUGUCUUUGUGGACAGCGUGAGCAAUAGUUUCUACCCGGUGCCUCAGGAAGCCAUUGGGGUGGGCAGUGCCUUUGAGGGCUGGAGUCCCGGGGAUUGGGAUGGCGUGUACCAUGUCCUGGUCCCGCUGAAUCCCCCGCCAGGGCACGCCUUCCACCUAGAGCUGAACAGCGCAGGGCAGGUGGCAGCAAAGACCUUCAGUGUCCAUGUGGAGCUGGUGUGCAGGUGUGAGAGGGAGCAGCUGGGGGAGAAGCUGUUGUGCUUGCUGCACCACUCGCAGGAGGAGCUGCAGCAGAAGCAGAAGCACAGCCUCCUGGAGACUCUCUGCACCGGCUCCUACCUGGAUGUGGAGAAAACCUGCCGCUGGUUCCGCCAGUUGGUGAGAUGCUCGUGGCUGCGUGUGCCUCAGUCCUGCUCAUGGCACUUGGUGUUUCAGCCCUGCAUCCGGUCCUGCCGAUUUGAGCUGAGCAGAGGCCAGAAGAGCCUGAUGGUGGAGAUGCUCUUGGGAGUGCGCCAAGGGGACUCUGACAUCUUUGUGAGCAGCCAGCCCACUGAGGCCAACUUCACUGCACGCACAGCGUGGGCCGAGACAUCUGCUGUGGCAGAGGUGAAGUUCUUCUGGCAUGUUGCAAGGCAGGUGCCGUGUGAGAGCUUGCACCUGAAAUGCCUGCAGGUCUUCACCCGCAUCCUGAGGGGCACAGGUUUCUCCAGCUCUACCUGGAAGACUGUGGUCAUGCACGUGCUGACCACCGUACCGCUGGACCGGUGGAGCAGGAGAGAAUUUGCACGGAGACUCUGGGACAUCAUGACCUGCCUGCGCCACUGCCUCAAGUCAAAACGCCUGGAGCACUUUGUGCUAGGAAAUAAGAGACUUCCUGCAGAGAUCAGCUUGCCACCAGCAAUGAGAGGGGUCGAGCCACCCAACCUCUUUGAGCACCUGGCCCGAGAUCCGGCUGCCCACAGAGAGGCGAUGAAGGCUUACGGCCAGCUGCGAUUUCGCCUUUGGGUGCUGCUGUCCAGCUGCUGA